GUUCUCUCAACCCUCAUUAGUGAUGGGGUUUAAGUCAUCAAUAAUCGACGAGAAGCGAGAGUAUUUCUGGUUUCUUUCUAGACCACCAUCCGAAGCGUGCACUAACUUCAAAGUCCGCGAGAAAGCCGAUUUAACUGCGCGAAAUAUCAUCUUCAAACAACCUUUUCUCGUGUCAAACUGGCAGAUCGCCACUGGGCUAGUAUGGAAAGAAAGCAUACAGACUAUACAGUUGGAUGGAUCUGCGCCACGGCGUAUGAGCUGACGGCUGCUAGAGCUAUGCUGGAUGAAGAACAUAUGUCACUCCGAUACAAUCCCCGAGAUAGCAAUUCAUAUACUUUGGGACGGAUUGCAGAUCACAAUGUUGUCAUAGCUUCAUUGCCGCCGGGUUAUUAUGGCUUCACCUCUUCAGUAGUGGUAGUAAGGGAUCUUCUCUGGUCUUUUCCGGCUAUCAAAUUCGGGCUACUCGUAGGUAUUGGCGGCGGCGUUGGUUCUCAAACUCGUGACAUUCGCCUGGGCGACGUGGUGGUUAGCAUGCCCACAUCAACUUCAGGGGGGGUUAUUCAGUUCGAUGCCGGGAAAAUCCACCCAGAUGGAGGUUUUCAGCUUACUGGAUAUUUGAAUGAGCCGCCGCGCGUAUUGCUAUCAGCAGUUUCUAGGCUUCAAGCGGAUUACAUGAGAAAAAAUCCAAAAUUUAGACACUAUAUCUCGGAAACUCUCAUGCGGAACCCUCUGAUGGGCCAAAAGUUCUCCUCCCCAGGUCAUGAUCAAGAUAUGCUCUUCAAAGCAUCAUAUGAACACCACACAGAAGCUGAAAGUGACUGUUCAUUUUGUGAUCGCUCUCAUCUUAUCCGCAGGCCGCCACGUGAUAGUCAGACUCCCAUAGUCCAUUACGGAUCAAUAGCCUCAAGUAAUAGUGUUAUUUGGCGUGCAACAACCCGCGAUAAGCUCAGCCGCCAAUUGGGGGUUUUAUGUAUUGAAACGGAAGCAGCGGGGUUGAUGGAUGACUUUCCAUGUUUGGUUAUCAGAGGGAUAGCAGAUUACACAGAUUCUCAUAAGAAUUCCAAAUGGCAAUGCUAUGCGGCCCUCGCGGCAGCCGCCUAUGCUAAGGAAUUACUCUCUGUCAUACCUAGAAACAUCAAGAAUGAUGUCACGGCAGCUGAAGUG